CUGGGAUUUCAGUUCUUAUCUUUAAUUGAAGGACGAUCAGUUGGAGAGGAAACCAUGGCCUCAAAUGCGGCCACUCUUCCUUACGCAGCAGCAGCAGCAUGCAUCGUCAUCGCAGUACUACCGUGGAUCCACGGCAUAGAAUCGUACUGGGGUCACCGCAGUUUUAAGGUCCAUUGUGAGAAGGGGAUCCGUCUUGGUGGCGGGGACGCCGGCUUGGGAGUCUCCCGUAAGACGUCAUCCAAAGCCCAGUGUCUGCGGAGCUGCUUUGCUCGCGCCGAGUGCAAGUCUAUCAGCUACUCGCCAAAGACGGGCCAAUGCUACAUGAGCGACUCCACCAAGGGUGUAGCUGGGACAUCUCAGGAUGAGGGAUACGUCUACUGCGGACCUGACCAGGAUGAAGUGUGGGAGAGAACCGCUAUUACAGUGGAACUCCCCACAACGACAUUGAUGCCAACCACACUGGAACCCAACGAGUGUGACAGUGACCCUUGCCAGAACGGAGCCGCUUGUAACGACGGCCCGGACAUGUUCACUUGUGACUGCGCCCCUGGGUACGAGGGAACCACAUGCAACACAAAUACUGACGAGUGUGGCAGUAACCCGUGUCAAAAUGGCGCUAAUUGUGUGGAUGCCGUCAACGAGUAUGCAUGCACGUGUCUCGCAGGCUAUGAUGGCGUACACUGCGAAACAAACAUCAACGAAUGUGCUAGCAGCCCUUGUCAAAAUGGCGUCUGCAAUGAUGGAGUCAAUAGCUACACUUGCACUUGUUCUGCUGGAUAUGAAGGGACUUUAUGUAACACGAACACCAAUGAAUGUGCUAGCAGCCCUUGUCAAAAUGGCGUCUGCAACGAUGCAGUCAACAGCUACACUUGCACGUGCACUUCUGGAUACGGAGGAACCUUGUGUGAUACAAACAUCAACGAAUGUGCUAGCAGCCCUUGUCAACAUGGCGCCUGCAAUGACGGAGUCAACAGCUACACUUGCACCUGUUCUGCUGGAUAUGAAGGAACUUUAUGUAACACGAACACCAAUGAAUGUGCUAGCAGCCCUUGUCAAAAUGGCGUCUGCAACGAUGCAGUCAACAGCUACACUUGCACGUGCACUUCUGGAUACGGAGGAACCUUCUGUGAUACAAUAUCAAUCCGUUUGGUGAAUGGUCCGACGUCAAACGAAGGCAGGGUGGAGGUGUGGCACAGUGGCGCCUGGGGCACCGUGUGUGAUGAUUUUUGGGACUUGAACGACGCCAAUGUCGCCUGUCGUCAGUUGGGCUACCCGUAUGCGACAAACGCCUACAUCUCAGCUACCCACGGUGCCGGAUCCGGGCCGAUCCACCUCGAUGAUGCAAGCUGCACUGGUACUGAAGUUCGUCUUGGCAGUUGUCCACAUAACGGAUGGGAUGUGCACAACUGCAACCAUAACGAAGAUGCCAGCCUGAAGUGUUAUCCAGGUACUAGGAUUCGUCUGGUGAAUGGUCCACUGCCCAACGAGGGCCGUGUGGAGGUCUACCACAACGGAGCCUGGGGAACGGUCUGCGAUGACUAUUGGGAUAUCAACGACGGUCACGUAGCCUGCCGUCAACUGGGCUACCCGUCUGCCGCCCAGAUCCUGAACUGGGCUCACUACGGGGCUGGAACGGGGGCUAUACACCUGGAUGACAUGAUGUGUACCGGCAGCGAGGCUAGCUUAGGAGCUUGCAGCCAUCGUGGAUGGGGUUCUCAUAACUGCGGCCACAGCGAAGAUGCAGGUGUCAAGUGCAACCUAACCUAA